CAGGCCUGCCCGCUCGGCCUAAGCGGUGGCCUGGCGGCUCUGCUGGGGCAGGGACCGCCCCUCCCGGCUGCCCCGGGCCACUUUCUGCACGCCGCCUCUCCCGGCUUCCCGCGCCCGGUCCGGGUGAGCGGCCGCCCCGCCGACCUCGACUCGCUCGCCCGGGCCCGGCCUCGGCUUCUCCGCGCAGGCCGCGGAGGCUCGGGGCGCGGCCACAGGGGCGCGGCCUUCGCUGCGGUCGGGCCAGUUCCCGUUCCCGGCCGGUGCGGCGGCUGCUCCCUCCCUGGCCGUGGUGAAGCUGUGGUCGCCGCGCGCUCCCGGCCCGGCAUCCGCCAGUCUCAGUGUUCCCGCUCGCGCCCUCCCGGCGCAUCAGGCUCUCGCUCCCUGCGAGGUCUCCACACCUGGUGACCAAGGUGACCUCUGCAACCUCUGUGCUUGGGCUCCGCUGGAUGAUUUUGCACAGAACAAAGCUGCUGCUGAAUGGACGUGUUUGCCAGUAACUUCAGGGAACAUUGAGGGUUUGCGCUGAGAGGCUGGCCUUGUAUCCCGAUUGCCCUUCUGCCAGGAAGGCACAUGCAGCCAAAAAUGAAUUUGGGAGAAGCAGCCACUUGCUCCUGUAACCAUGGAAAAGCAGGGCCGCAGUGAGAUGGAAAUAAUCCCGCCAGAGUCUCACUCCUACAUCAAAUUGUUGAAAGUCAACCGGGAGCAUCUGGUCACUCACGUCCGCAACACUCAGUGUCUGCUGGACAACUUGCUACAGAAUGACUACUUCUCCGCCGAAGACGUGGAGAUCGUGUGUGCCUGCCCCACGCAGCCCGACAAGGUCCGCAAAAUUCUGGACCUGGUGCAGAGCAAGGGCGAGGAGGUGUCCGAGUUCUUCCUCUAUGUGCUACAGCGACUCACAGACGCUUACGUGGACCUCAGGCCUUGGCUGUCGGAGAUCAGCUUCUCCCCUUCCCAGCUCAUUCAGAGCAAAGCUGUUGUCAACACGGAUCCAGUGAGCAGAUACAGCCAGAAGCUGCGACAGCAACUGGGCCGCGACUCCAAGUUCAUCCUGUGCUACGCCCAGAAGGAGGAGCUGCUGCUGGAGGAGAUGUACACGGACACCGUCGUGGAACUGGUCGACUUCGGCAACGAGAGCCUGGGCAGCCUGGGUAGCCUGGCCUGCCUCCUGGACCCCGUCACGGGCGUCCUCAACGAGCAGGGCGAGACCAUCUUCAUCUCUGGCGACGCGGGUGUGGGCAAGUCCAUGCUGCUGCAGCGGCUGCAGAGCCUCUGGGCCGCGGGCCAGCUGGACGCUGAGCUCAGGUUCUUCUUCCACUUCCGCUGCCGCACCUUCAGCUGCUUCAAGGAGAGCGCCUCGCUGUGCCUGCGGGACCUGCUCUUCAAGCACUACUGCUACCCCGAGCAGGACCCCGAGGAGGUGUUCGCCUUCCUGCUGCGCUUCCCGCACACGGCCCUCUUCACCUUCGACGGCCUGGACGAGCUCCACUCGGACUUUGACCUGAGCAGCGAGCCCGACACCUCCUCCCCCUGGGAGCCCGCCCACCCCCUGGUCCUGCUGGCCAACCUCCUCAGCGGGAAGCUGCUCAAGGGGGCGCGCAAGCUGCUCACGGCCCGCACGGGCGUCGAGAUCCCGCGGCAUCUCCUCUGGAAGAAGGUGCUCCUGCGCGGCUUCUCCCCCAGCCACCUGCGCGCCUACGCUGGGAGGAUGUUCCCCGAGCGCUCCGUGCGCCAGCGCCUGCUGGAUCAGCUGGAAGCCAACGCCAACCUCUUCAGCCUGUGCGCCGUGCCCCUCUUCUGCUGGAUCAUCUUCCGGUGCUUCCAGCACUUCUACGACACCUUCGACGGCUUCCUGCAGCUGCCCGACCGCACGGUGACGCUCACCGACGUCUUCCUGCUGGUCACCGAGGUCCACCUGAACAGGACGCAGCCCACCAGCCUGAUGCAGCGGAACACGCGGAGCCAGACGGAGACCUUCCGCGCCAGCCGGGGCACCCUGCGCUCGCUGGGCCAGGUGGCUCACCGGGGCAUGGAGAAGAGCUUCUUUGUCUUCAGCCAGGAGGAGGUGCAGGCGUCCGAGGUGCAGGAAGGGGGCCUGCAGCUGGGUUUCCUGCGGGCCGUGCCGGAACUGGGCCUCGGAGGGGGGGAACAGCAGUCCUAUGAGUUUUUCCACCUCACCCUCCAGGCCUUCUUUGCUGCCUUUUUUCUGGUGGUGGACGACAAGGUGGGCACUCGGGAGCUGCUCCGCUUCUUCCAGGAGUGGACUCCUCACGGGGAGGCAGCAGCUGCGUCCUGCUAUCCCCACUUCCUACCCAUCCAGUGCCUGGGGGGCCGCGGCCUGGCCCGGGAAGACCCCUUUAAGAACAAGGAUCACUUUCAUUUCACCAACCUCUUCCUGUGCGGACUGCUGUCCAAAGGCAAACAGGAACUCCUGCGGCACCUGGUGCCUGCCACCGCCCUGCGGAGAAAGCGCAGGGCCCUGUGGGCUUACCUGUUCGCCAGCCUGCGCUCUUACCUGAAGCACCUGCCCCGAGUUCACUCUGGGAGCUUCAGCCAGGUGCAGGCCAUGCCCACCUUCAUCUGGAUGCUGCGCUGCAUCUACGAGACGCAGAGCGAGAAGGUGGGGCAGCUGGCGGCCAGGGGCAUCUGCGCCAACUACCUCAAGCUGACCUUCUGCAACGCCUGCUCGGCCGACUGCAGCGCCCUCUCCUUCGUCCUGCACCACUUCCCCAAGCAGCUGGCGCUCGACCUGGACAACAACAACCUCAACGACUAUGGUGUGCGGGAACUGCAGCCCUGCUUCAGCCGCCUCACCGUCAUCAGACUCAGUGUGAACCAGAUCACCGACAGUGGGGUGAAGGUGCUAUGUGAAGAGCUGACCAAAUACAAAAUUCUGACAUUUUUAGGCUUAUACAACAACCAAAUCACCGAUGUCGGAGCCAGGUACAUCGCCAGAAUCCUGGAUGAGUGCACGGGCCUCACGCACCUGAAACUGGGAAAAAACAAAAUAACAAGCGAAGGAGGAAAGUGUCUCGCCCUGGCUGUGAAGAACAGCAAAUCCAUCUUUGAAGUUGGGAUGUGGGGCAAUCAGAUCGGUGAUGAAGGAGCGAGGGCCUUCGCAGAGGCUCUGAGGAACCACCCGAGCUUGACUAACUUGAGUCUUGCAUUCAAUGGCAUUUCUACAGAAGGAGGAAAGAGCCUCGCGUGGGCCCUGCAGCAGAAUGCGUCUCUGAGAAUAUUCUGGCUCACCAAAAAUGAACUUGAUGAUGAAGUGGCAGAGAGCUUGGCAGAGAUGUUGAAAGUCAACCAGACGUUGAAACAUUUAUGGCUUAUCCAGAACCAGAUUACAGCCAAGGGGAUCGCCCAGUUGGCAGAUGCAUUACAGAAGAACACUGGCAUAAUGGAGAUUUGCUUAAAUGGAAACUUGAUAAAACCAGAGGAGGCCAAAGUCUUUGAAGGUGAGCUUCUGUGCAGAGAAGUGGAGACUUCUCCUAAUUAAGAAAAAGAUAGCAGAAAAUUUGGGGAAAUAAAGGAAUUCCACACACUUAGGAUAUGACUCUUUCUUUCCACAGGAACUGUGAGUUGAUUUAGGGAGAGAAACUAUAGCUCCUGUAUUUCAGAACUACAUUUAUGGCUUGUCCUUGCUGAUUUGGAACUUAUGAAAUAAGCCAUGUCAAAUCACUGUGGGGCUUUGGGCCACAUCUUGAGACUGUCAGAAUCUCAAUUUCCUCCUUGAAAAAUGGGAAUCCCAGAGUACUGGCUCCCAGAGUUGUUGUGAGGAUUAAAUGGGCUGAAGCAUGGAAAGCAGCACAAUGCCCCGUGCAGGGUCAGUGCUCAAUAUACAAUAUUAUUAAACCAACGUUUCUCAUUUCUGCUCACAAUGGCACCCCCUGGUGUCCUCUUCACACUCUUAGGCUUAGGGAACUUCCCAACAAGGUCAAAUAUGGGACUGGAAGUUCUCAAAGUCAAGUCUAAAAACAGUCAACAUCGAGCUUCCUGCAAUAUCCUGGCUCCGUCAGUGAAAAGCAUAGCUGUUAGUUGUCAUCAUUCUUACCAAAGAGCCCUACCAUUUAA